UCGUCGCAACGGUAAUCUUAUCAAGUUAUCAGGCGCGUCUCCGACGACCGCCCGGCGGCGGGCGGCCGCAAUUUUCGAGUCGCAGCAUGAAAUCCCCGUAUAGUACGUGUAGCCGGUAAUAUCAUCGUGACAUCUCCUGCAUAUCAGACAAUGUCAGAUCCGAUCAGCCUCAUCACCGACUCCCUCACCUUGCCCAAUGGUAUCCGCGUACCCAACAGACUCGUAAAGGCUGCUAUGGCAGAGGGCAUCGGUCUGGGUGGGGGACCCCCUCAGCCCAAUCAUCUACGGCUGUAUGGUCGAUGGGCCCAAGGCGGGUGGGGAAUGGUCAUUUCGGGAAAUGUCCAAAUCGAUCCUAAGCACCUUGCUUCGCCGCACGACUUGACAAUAACCCCAUCUACGGCAGACCGGGUAGCGUAUCGUCGUCUGGCAUCGGUCGUCGCUUCAAAUCUAGAGCCUCCUCUUCUUAUAAUGCAAAUCUCCCAUCCGGGCCUCCAGUCAUCUUCGACCGUGAACUUUUCACGUUUGCCUUACCAACGCGCAAUCGGGCCGUGCUCAGCUCGUCCAGACAUGGAUGGCGGCAUAAUGGGCUGGCUGUGGAGUCAUGCCGUGUGGCCGAGAAAGAGUAAGGAGAUAAACGACCCGGAGGACUGGCUGAGGAUCGUGGACAAGUUUGUUGUGGGCGCAGUGCUGGCUGAAGAAGCAGGAUGGGAUGGAGUACAGGUGCAUGCGGCCCACGGGUACCUGCUGGCAGAAUACCUAUCCCCGCUGACAAACCCAAAUCCUGUGCAACUGCCAGGUGCUCCUGAUGAUGUACCUGUACGCUUACACCUUCUCUAUCUUGUCCUUGAGGGCAUAAACCGGAAAACGUCCAAAUCAUUCAUCAAGGCCGUCAAAGUGAACUGCUCUGAUUUUGUUCAAGGGGGUCUCGACGAAAUUCAGGCAUCAGAAUUGAUCAAGACCAUUGUAUCAUGGCAACUACUCGACAUUAUUGAAAUAUCUGGAGGAACAUAUACUCAACCAGCUUUUGCAUAUCCUGAAACUUUGUCGUCCCCAUCCAAGCGCCAAUCUCUCUUUUCACAUUUCACGACGUCUCUUCUACCUCUACUUCCACCUCCCCCACAAGGUCCCGCUAUACUCUUGACGGGGGGCCUGCAUAAUAGAGAGUUGAUAGCUGCCUCACUGGCGGAGAGAGCGUGUGACAUGGUUGGAAUUGGGAGACCAGCCUGUCUCAUUCCGGAUUUGCCUCGACGUAUCAUUCUGAAUCGUGCUAUAGCCGAUGACGAAGCUUUCUUUGGCACAUACAGUAUCCCUCACGCAAAGGUCGUCAAAUUUCUUCUCGGGGGCCCGUCGACCGCCAAGGGAAAAGGCAUACCGCUUGUGGGCGCAGGCGUGUCGACGUUGUGGCAUACAUGGCAAAUGUGCCGGAUAGGAAGAGGGGUCGAGCCAGACGGGGAGAUGUCGUGGUUCAGGGGCCUGUUGGUGGAAGAAAUAUGGAAGGGCAUGAUUGUGCGUGGAGUCACAUUGAUGCUAAGCUGGAAAGGCAAUGUAUAGAAGCGGUAGCAUAUGACUACUUUAAUAGAGAUAGUACGGGUUGUUGUAUUUUUAAUGACUUUUAAGCAUUCGUCGACACCCAAUAUACGUAGUACGUACUACUUCGUUGCAACGACGAAGAGAUUGAGCGAUC